UUUCGCACCUUUCGCCACAUCACCCACAUCGAUGGCUUUGGACGCUCGCACAACAGCUUUGGCUACCGAAUCGGCCCUGCCGACGCGCCAGGGAACGCCGACGACCCCAGCGCCGUCGACGAUCCCAACUACAAUUCCCCUCGCUACUCUCGCCGACCCGAAGGUCAUCAUCGACUCGUAUGAUGCUUUUCUCUUCGACUGCGACGGCGUGCUCUGGCAUGGGGACCGCCUAGUCCCGGGCGCGAAGGAUGUGCUGGCGGCGCUUCGUGCGCACGGGAAGACGGUCAUGUUUAUCACGAACAACGCCACAAAGUCCCGUGCGGAAUACAAGACGAAAUUCGACAAGCUCGGCAUCGCGGCGGAGCCUACAGAUAUUCAUACUUCUGCGUCUGCGACUGCGCGCUAUGUAGCGUCGGUGCUUAAGCUCAGCGAGCAGUCGAAGUCGAAGGCGUAUAUCGUAGGCAUGGAAGGACUGGAGACGGAGUUGCGAGAUGCUGGCGUUGCGACUAUUGGUGGCUCUGACCCUGCUCACAAUCCGUCGACCACAACGCCGCCUGACUUGACCGACGUCCGAGCGGGCUUCGAUGACAAGGUCGGCGCCGUCAUUUGCGGUCUCGACACCAGGGUCAACUAUCUUAAGUUGGCUCGCGCGUUUGUCUACUUACAAGACCCGAACGUCCAUUUUGUGGCCACCAACCUUGACGCGACGUACCCUCAUAGCGCGGGACUCCUGCCAGGAGCUGGCAGCGUCAGCGCCAUGUUGAGAUAUUCGACUAAGCGCGAACCUCUGUCCAUCGGCAAGCCCAGUUCCGCGAUGUGGGAUGCUGUCCGUGUCAGCUCGAAGCUACCGCAAGGGCGGACGCUUAUGGUAGGCGACCGUCUCGACACCGACAUCGCAUUUGGCAAGAGCGGUGGAGUAGGCACCCUACUGGUCCUCAGCGGCAUUGCUACAACUGCAGACAUCACGCCCGCCAACGCACCCGACUACGUCUUGAACAGUGUAGCUGACCUCCUCAGUGCCCUGCAGGGUUAAACGCAUAGAAGGAACAUAGAAUAGAGAAUAGAAGAUCAUUGGGAAGUGACUGAUAGACCGCCUUUCUACCUGCAGACGCAAGCCUCUGGCACUUCUCUGUUACUCGCUCGAGG